GUCUUUCGUGUCAAUACUGAUUAUACUCUUUGGACCGAUCAGUGUUUGGAUUGGCUUGGUGGUUUGUCAGUACUAGUGUUAAUUUUAGUGAUAUUGUUUUCUGCUAUUCCCGUUGAUAUUAGGAUAUAGUUAUUAGGAUAAUAAUUACUAUCAGAGUCCUGACAAUGUGCGGAUCUGUUAAAGAACGAGCCGCAACAUGGAAGACUCCACUAAAUACCAACAGAUGCAGGAUGAAAUGUCCAGGUUUGAGGCGGAGAUCUCAGGCAGUGAUGCUGGAGUCGGGGUUGUUUCGCGUGCCGUGAUUGGUGCAGCAACAUUUGGUGCAGUGCAGCAACAGUUAGAGCGAGCUAAUGCGCCUCUGAUUCCGCCAUUUGACAUGACCAUGAUGUACCCUACAGUACCACCUCCACCUCCACCACCUUCUAUCAUGGUGCCCUCACAGGUACGAAUGCGUCCAACCACGAGUAGCGAUGUGUUUCCCGUCGCUCCAGCCCUAACUUUCCUGAGGCCGGGGCUGCCAGGUCCUCAACUAAUUCCACCGCCGCCGCCGAAGCCACAACCUGUGGUACUCUCUGCAGCUCCCAAACUCUACAAGCAACCUAAAGAAGAUGAUGAAAAGAAAGAAAAAGAAAGUCGAAAGAGGAAGCGCACCCCGCCCCCGCCACCACCCCGUCCAGAGCCGGUGAUAGAGCCACUACCAGUAGCACCCCCACCACCAACCAUCAGCAUUCCAGACACCAUCGCUAAACCCAAGAAAGAAAAGAAGAAUAGAAAGGUUGUCAGAACUGCCGGAGGUCAAGUUUGGGAAGAUGUGACGCUGUUAGACUGGCCUGAUGAUGAUUUCCGCAUGUUCUGCGGCGAUCUUGGGAAUGAUGUUACAGAUGAACUACUAACGAGAACCUUCAGUAAAUACAGUUCGUUCCAGAGAGCGAAAGUGAUUAGAGAUAAAAGGACGAAUAAAAGCAAAGGUUUCGGGUUCGUCAGCUUUAAGGAUCCUGGUGACUUCAUCAAGGCUAUGAAGGAAAUGGAUGGUCGUUACGUAGGCAGCAGACCGAUCAAGCUAAGGAAAAGCACAUGGCGAGCUCGAAGCUUAGACGUUGUAAGGAAGAAGGAGAAAGAAAAGGCAGCUCUCCUCUCUCUCCUCAUGUCAGGCAACAAGAGCUGACAACACUACUGACUUUAUUUAUCUGUUACCUUCAGGGUUGCCAUGUGAAAAUUUUUAGAAAGUGCAAUUUAACGGCUUAUUUAUGACCAUGCUCAGUCAAAUUAAAUUAGCUGUAUGGUAAUACUCCUGUUUGCGACCCUAGGAUGAUUUCGUUUUUGUAUUACAAAUGGACUAUAUUUGUGAAAAUGAACUGCAAUAUUUUAUUUAGGUUAGGUAAAAAUUCUAGCCUUGACUUGGACCUAUUGAUGGUAGUAUGUUCACUACUAUACUCGGAAUUUUAAUUCAAUUCCAGAUUUGACAAUUUCAACGUUAUGACAAGUACUAAAUAGUGACGU